AUGCGGCUUUCUCAGCUCACGCGUCGCCGGCAGCCGGCUGCGGCCGCGGAAUCGUCUGCGGGUCUUUCUGCAGAGGCCUCAGGGCCGCGGAGAGAACAAGACGCGCCGCGGGGCGCCUCGUGGGCGCUGCGCCUCUUCGCGUCACUUCCUUCGCAGGCUGUUCGAAUGACCGCGCAACUCCUGCGGACGCUUGUGAAGUGGUGUUCGCUCUUCCUCGACUUCCUCUCCUUGUUUCUGUUCCUGCGGGCGCCGGAGCCCUUCAUCGUGACCUACGAGCGACAGUUUGGCAGAAAACAUCCAGUUUUUUUCCGCGGCGCGGCGCAGGAGGCUUUCGACUCUGCGAGGCGAAACGACAGGCUACUCGCCAUUUACUUCCACGCCUCGCGCAGCUCCGAGGCAGCCAGCUUCUGCACAAGGACGCUGACCGACGACCUCGCCAUCGAACUGCUGGACAACACGUGCGUGUUUUACGCGGCAGACGCUUCGUCGUCGGCUUCCGAAGCCGCGCGUCUGGCGCGGGCGUUUUUCCCUGCCGUCUCCGCGUCCGCGAGGGUUCCUGCGUUUCUUCUGCUCUUGCCUCAGGCGACCAAUGCCAACGCGGGCGCCUCGGCGGGCCCGCUCUCGCCUUCGCUGGCGCAUGCGCCGCGCAACCGAAUACUCCUCGACGCCCUGCGCGCCCACGAACUAGACACCGCGCGCAUCAUCGCGGCGCUUCUACAGGGCCAGGAGAAGGCCGAGGAGAUGCGCGAGGCGAAACGCAGGAAAAUGCGCGAACACGAGGAAAACAGACUGCUGCGCGAAGAGCAGGAGCGCGAGUUCGCGGAGGUCAUGCGGCUCGAGUCUCUCAAGAUGGAGGAGAAGGAGCGACGCCGACAGAGAGAAGAGCAGAAACGCACGCGAACGAAGCAGCGGCAGCAGGCUGCGGAGGCGAGGCGGGCAGCGCGACGGGAAAACGCCGAGCGAUUCCUUCGAGAGGAAGCGCAGGCGGCAUCCCUCUGCGACGCAUCGCGUACAUCGAUCUGCUUGCGACUCCCAAGCGGCGCGCGCGUCUCGCGGCAGUUUCUAUCAGAGACCUCGCUGGAUGACUUGUACCUGUGGGCUGACUGCCUCGGCGAAAGCACGAAGAACGAAGACAUGAACAUUCCACUGCGCUUCCACCUGGUCGUGCCCCCGAAGCGCGCGUUGACACGAGGAUCGCAGACGCUCCUGGAAGCAGGACUCCAUCCGAACAGCGCUGUGUUGCUUGUGCCCUCCGAUGAAGAAGACGACUGA